UACGUUAUUUCUGUCAAUCUCAUGCUCUUUCUAUCUACGGCCCCCUAAACUAUACUUUCACCGCACAGACAAUCCGUCGAUAACACUGGUAAUAUUGGUUAAAGAAAAGGUCCGUAGGAUUCGUCCGGCGUUAAUCGUCCGUUCACAAUUCGCACAACGCAGUGCUCUCGAAGUGUCAAGAUUCUAGGUUAUACGACAGAAUCAUGCAUGGAAUGAAUAGAUAGCGAUGUUCCAUGCUAGGAUCAACCGUACCAUUUUUACCGCCAUCUAAUAUGAUAGUCACGUUCUAAAAUUAGUUAACUAUGUUUCUAAUACUUCGCGCGUAUUCGCUGAUUUUGUGAAUGCUAAUAAAGUCGCUUGCUUGACCAAAUAGUUCUGUAUACGUGCGUAAUAUUAUCAAGCAAACGUAUCCGCGAAUUAGGAUACACUGCGACUGCUUCAGUGGGAACUCUUCAUAAUACGUUCGUGAGGACUGUAAUUUAUAUUGGCGGUACUUACCGUAUGAAACCCUGUUUAAUGACUGUAGAACUACACAUGAAACAGAUCAACCUGUCAAUUGAAUGUAGCCAGCCUUGUUCCUAUGACCACGUUAGACGAUAACGUAUGCUUUUUUAUCGCAUAUUUAAGUGGCUCUUACAGAGGUGUUGAAGCACACGAUGUCGUAAUGCUACACAUUAAAUCUUAUCAUCCUACUACCACGAUAUAAAAUGGCAACAUUUUGGUCAGGACGACCCGGAUGGUUAGGAAAAGUAGGAAUAGCAUUAUUGGCUACAUGGCUUUUGGUACUAAUUGUAUCAGUUUCACAUAUCUUUAAGACAAAUAAUUUAUCUCCAAACAAUGAGAGUCCUACGAAUAAAGAAAAUGCUCAACGUUUAGCUCAAAUGAUGAACGACUUUGAAGUUUUAAAGAGGCAAAAUGAAGCAUUGAAGAAUAUAGUUUUAGGAGAAAGGUCCAAGUCCGUUCAAGGAGACCAUUUAGGUUCAAUACAUGAAAAGCUAGACAAAGUUUCCAUUUAUGAUGAUUUUAUAGAUCAUCAGGAGAAUUCUAAACAUGGUAUUCCUUCGUUAGAGUAUGAAGAAUUGCGAAGAAGAAUAAGAAACAAUGUACAAGAAGCAUGGUAUUAUAUUAGUGCAGAAUUAAAUAAGCUUAGGAAAACUAUUGAUAAACCAAGUUAUGAGCAAAAAGAGAAAAAAAUACAAGAUAUAGUAGAAAAUAUUUGGGAUCAUAAAAAAUCUCUUAUAAUAGAUAUUGAUAGAUUAACAAAAGCAGAUGGCUAUAAUGAAUGGCGUAAAAAGGAAGCAAAGGAUCUCUCUGAUCUUGUACAAAGAAGAUUCAAGGCUUUACAAAAUCCUAGCGAUUGUAGCAAAGCAAGAAAAUUAGUUUGUAGUUUAAAUAAAGGUUGUGGAUUUGGAUGCCAGAUUCAUCAUAUUACUUACUGUUUCUUAGUUGCUUAUGGUACAGAACGAACGUUAAUAAUUAAAUCUAAAGGCUGGAGGUACCAUAAGGACGGCUGGGAAUCUGUUUUCAAACCACUCAGUGAUACUUGUAUAUCUACAAUUGGAGCGUCCCAUGCUAAUUGGCCUGGCGACUCUUCUAAACAAGUAAUCUCAUUGCCAAUUGUGGAUAAUGUUUAUCCAAAGCCUAGGUACCAACCACCAAGCGUACCUGCAGAUUUAGCUCCUAGAUUAGAGAAACUUCAUGGACAUCCUUUAGUGUGGUGGGUAGGUCAAGUUUUGAAAUAUUUAAUGCGACCUCAAGAACAUGUACAAAAAACUCUGGAAUAUGCAAAGGAAAGACUUGGUUUUAAGAAGCCUAUUGUUGGGGUUCAUGUAAGAAGAACAGAUAAAGUCGGAACUGAAGCUGCUUUUCAUGACAUAGACGAAUAUAUGACUAAAGUUGAACAAUAUUUUAAUGAACUUGAAGUAAAACCAGAAGUGAAGAGAGUCUUUUUAGCUAGCGAUGAUCCAAAAGUAAUCACAACCGCAAGAAGUCGUUAUCCGAACUAUGAAAUAGUGGGAGACCAAAAAAUAGCUGAAACAGCAUCAGUCGCGAAGCGAUAUUCAGAUUCGUCCUUACAAGGAAUAAUUAUAGACAUACACCUUUUAUCUGAAUCCGAUUAUUUAGUAUGCACAUUCAGUUCUCAAGUAUGUCGUGUGGCAUACGAAUUGAUGCAAACGUAUUAUCCAGAUGCAUACAAUCGAUUUACAUCUCUGGAUGAUAUAUAUUAUUAUGGUGGACAAAAUGCACACCCUCAUCAAGCCAUUUUAGAUCAUAAACCGAGAAGGAGUGGUGAAAUAGAACUAAAAGAAGGAGAUUUAAUUGAAGUAUUUGGAAACCAUUGGGACGGUUAUUCGAAAGGAUAUAACACUAGAACUAGCAUGACUGGUUUAUUUCCUAGUUUUAAAGUAAGAAAUCCUGUGGACGCUGUAGAUUUUCCGAAAUAUUCAAAUGUCCCGUUACAUGAAAAUAAGAACGAGUAGACUUAUUUUGAAUAUGUAGUGAUCUUGAAAAUAUUCAGAUUGCUUGCAAAAUGAUAUAACUUGCCUUCGUAUUCAAAUUGUUGAAAACGGUAUAAAAAAUUAUGAAUACGUAUAUAUUUUAUUACUAGCAAGUGACAGUUUUAAUUUCUACAAAGUAAAACUAUCACGAGUUGUGAGACAAAGA